GGGCGGCAUCAGCAUGGCCGGGAGCUGGCGGGCCAAGGCGCAGGCUGGGGGGAUGCUGCUGGCCCUUCUUGGGUGGGUCUCCUCCUGUGUCACCACCUUCGUGCCGCUCUGGAAGAGCCUCAACCUGGACCUGAACGAGCUGGAGGUCUGGACCAUGGGGCUCUGGCAGGUUUGCAUUGCCCGGGAGGAGGGGGCGGUUGAGUGCCGAGCCCACGGCUCCUUCCUGGCGCUGCCCCCCGAGCUGCGUGUCUCCCGCCUGCUGAUGUGCCUCUCCAACGGGCUGGGGCUGCUGGGGUGCCUCCUCGCUGCCCCGGGGCUGGAGGGCUGGAGAGCCUGCGAGGACAAACCCAAGCUAAAGCAGCGGCUCCUGCUCACCGGGGGCGCAGCACUCGGAACAGCGGCAAUGGCCACCCUGGCGCCGGUCUCCUGGGUUGCCUACAACACUGUCCUCGACUUCUGGGACAACACCGUCCCCGACAUUGUCCCCCGGUGGGAAUUUGGGGAGGCCACCUUCCUAGGGUGGUUUGCUGGAGCCUUCCUCGCCGCCGGUGGGCUGCUCCUCGCCUGCAGUGCCUGCUCCAUGAGGACCGCAAUGCCACAGGCCCCUGCCUGCCACCAGGCUCCAACCGUGGCAAGGCCGGCUGGGGGCCACCACCUGUACCCCAAAAACGCAGACCUGGUCAUCUAGGCACUUGGGGUGCCAUGCCCUGCAUGCCUCCUGGCUCUUCCUGUGGCAGGGACGGCUCCCACAUCUCUUACAGGAUGAUUUGCUAAUUCCUAUGGCAGACCUGCAGAUUUUUUUCCUUCCUCUGUGUGUCUGCUUCACUUUUUCUCUUUUUUAAGGAGCAACAGCUCUCCCGGUGGCAUUCGCCGAGCCAGCGUGGGAAGACAACAAGGCAGAGGCCAAGCAGUGGGCAGCGCUUUGUCCUCCUAGUGACAUUUGUGGCUGAGUCACUUACUGAUGCCCCUGCAUUUGCAUCCUCUGCCAGUCCUCUCUAACCAAGCCUGUUGUGGUUAAGGGCUACACCCCAGCAUAGCAGCUCAUUCCUUGCAUGUCCGUAUCACUCUGAUGUAAUUGCAAU